CCCUGAGAAGAGACAGACAUAUAUUCUCUUUUAUACACUGCCUCCUGAGCACAGUAUCAAAUAAAAUAUUCCUAGAGACUCAGAAAAGAUUCAACUGCUGUCUGGCACAAGUUAUUUAUACUGCCUGCUCCAUCCACGCUUCUUCAGUCCUGAUCUCUGCUGCAGCUGGUCCCCAGCAUAAGUGGCACCUGAACAGGAGACUUGAAACAUGACAUUAUUUCCAGUGUUGUUGCUCCUGGCUGCUGUAUUACCUCCAUCCCUUCUUCAAGUAUUUGUUAAAGUAUUGGAUAUGAAUUUUGAGGAUUUGAUAACCUCUAAAGAGUCAGUCCAAGAAGAGAUUGUAAACAAGCACAACCAACUCAGAAGAAUGGUUUCUCCACCUGGUAGUGACUUGCUAAAGAUGCAAUGGAACAAUGAUGCCCAAGUGAAUGCACAGAAAUGGGCAGACCGGUGCUAUUACACACCCAGUCUUCAAGGAGACAGGACCACUGACAUAAGAUGUGGUGAGAAUGUCUUCAUGUCCCGUUACGCAGUAUCAUGGUCUCAUGUAAUCCAAAGCUGGUAUGAUGAAUCCAUAGAUUUCAGGUUUGGUUCAGGCCCAAAUCCAACUGAUGCAAUAGUUGGAAAUUAUACUCAGGUUGUUUGGAACACCUCUUUCCAAGUUGCUUGUGGAGUUGCUAAGUGCCCUUACCAAUUAUUGGAAUAUGUAUAUAUUUGUCACUAUUGUCCUCUUGGUAAUACUGUAAGAAGGCAAUACAUUCCUUACACAGUGGGAGAACCAUGUGCCCUUUGUCCUGAUCACUGUGACGAUGGACUAUGCACAAAUAGUUGUGAAUAUGAAAAUAAGUAUGUUAACUGUGCAGAGUUGAAGACUUCACUAACCUGUGAUUAUCCAAUGGUUAAACAAAACUGCAAUGCUACAUGCAACUGUGAAGGCAAAAUUCAUUAAAUUUCCAGUAGAAAUGAACAGGGCCAUGUGAAGAAAGACCACCUCCUCUGCUUAGGCUAGUCACAUUCCAGUAGGAAAUUAAAGGUAUAGAUACAUUGAAAUGAUUCCAAACAGUAAACAUUCCGUUCUUCGGUAUCAUUCCAUUUAGUAGAAAUAAUUUCACUAUUAUUGAAGAUUUUAAAAUAACAUAAUCAGUAAUACCUUUGAACCUUGACCUCUGAUUUCUGUGACACAUUUAUGGAGUUGAGUCAAGCCCAAGGCUAUACUGUUUGUCUGUAUGACUAAGGUCUCUGAAACUCCUUCCUGAAAAUAAGAAUCAGGUUCCCAGAGCACAAUGGAGUAAAGGAACAGCAUAUACUUCCACUGUAACUGUCAGUCAUCUUUCCUAGCUCUACCUAGCUAACUAUAUCUGAAAACAAAUCCCCUUUAGCUUUCUUUGAUUUUUUCCCACCAUUUGCUCCUCUUCAGAUGCACGGGAAUUAGUGGUUCAAAUUCUAAACUUCAAUUUACAUUUUAGUUUUUGGGUUUUUCAAGCACCUUAUAAAAAUGAAAUGUAAUGAACAGAAUUUGCUUGUCCAGGUGAUUGCACUGACCUUGAUUGUUUUAAAAAAUUUAAAUAAAUCUUACUAUUUGCAUAUUAA